AAAGUAGAGGUAGGGUAGAUACGUUUUAAGUUGGUCUGGUCAUCCGGGAAGAGUUAAAAAUAUGCCUUUUGCGGUGCUGUCAAAACGGGCUGGAUUUCUGUUAGCAUCUGGAAGGGUGUGCAGGAGUAUACAGGCCAUGGCACGCAGGAAUAGUGCAGGGAUGAGUGAUAGUGUUUACGGGGAUUUAUUGGAGAGGGCCAGAGCUGUGGUGCCUCGUUUGGAGACGAAUCUCCAUAAGGGACAAGCCGGCAGGAUUGGUAUUGUUGGAGGAUCCGUGGAGUACACAGGAGCACCGUAUUUUGCUGGGAUUAGUGCUCUUCGUGUAGGAGCUGAUCUUGUGCAUGUCUUCUGUUGCCAAUCCGCCGCCAUGGUCAUCAAAUCCUACAGCCCAGACUUAAUUGUCCAUCCGGUGCUGGAUGAUCAUUGUGCCAUGGAGAAGAUGGAGAAGUGGCUGGAUAGGCUUCAUGUCCUUGUGGUGGGUCCUGGCUUGGGUAGAGAACAUGCAGUUCUGGAGAAUGUUGCAGCUCUCCUCAAGCACUGCCGUCACAGUGGCAUUAAAGUGAUCCUGGACGCAGAUGCUCUGCAUCUCUUAACCCUGGAUUUUUCCCUGGCACGGGAUCUCAGUGGAGCUAUCCUCACUCCAAAUGCCGUAGAAUAUCGUCGGUUGUUCGGAGAGACCAAGAGCCUCAAUGACCUGAGAGAGAUCAUUGGCAAGGAGGUGACUGUCCUGGAAAAAGGACUCAGUGACAAGAUCUACGAUGUCACCCUGACCAAUCAGGUGUAUUAUGUACCACCAGGAGGCUCAGCUAGACGCUGUGGUGGCCAAGGGGAUCUCCUAUCAGGGGCCCUGGCCACAUUCUAUUGCUGGGCCCUCAAUUGCAAACAAGAGACUAAUCCGGCACUUGUGGCUUGCUUCGCUGCCAGCAUCCUCACAAAGCACUGCAAUGAGGAGGCUUUCAGGGAAAAGGGCCGGGGCACCCUGUGCUGUGAUAUGAUAGAACAAAUACCAAAGAUCUUUCGGAAGCAUUUUGAGCAUUUCUAAAGGAUAUUCCAUGGCAUUUUAUUGAUGUUUAUAUUCCCUUUGUAUCAAAUAAAAUAGGUGUUGGCAGA